AGAAAAGCUGCAGGGGCCGCAUCUGGUCCAGCUGGAGCUCACCCUGCUGGUUAAACAAUGGAUUCCUGGAACAAAUAGAGGCUUUUAUGCCUUUCUGUUCUUUUUGUGGAGGGCGUUAAAGACCUAGAGUCGAGACAUUAUCAGAAACGAGGACCAAUAGGAGAAGAUGGCGUCACCUUGUGCAUUUAAUAAUCAAUUUUAGGGGAUUUGGUUUGAGGGGGCACAACAUUUAUUUGAGGUUGGGAGGGCCCCCUCUGGCCCCUACAUAGAUUCGGCCCUGCCACCGACGUGAGACACUAAGUUUGUGUGGGCGAGUUUAAAGGGACGUCGGCUGAAUUUGCGGCGUGUUUGAAGCAGCUGCGAACCGGUUAUGGCUGCUCACGGGGAGGAAUUCUUUCCUGGCAUUCCCAAGAUCCCGUAUUUUCCGGGUGCGGGACCCACGGAAGUCAUGUGUUUCAAACACUACAAUGCUGAGGAGGUGCUGAUGGGGAGGACGAUGGAGGACUGGCUGCGAUUCUCAGUCUGCUACUGGCACUCCUUCUGUGGAACCGGUGCUGAUCCUUUUGGGUUUCCAACCCUCCACCGGAAAUGGAACGAAGGCACUCCGAUGGAGUCGGCUAAGAGGCGACUCGGUGCUGCGUUUGAGUUCUUCACCAAGCUUGGGGUCAAGUAUUACACAUUUCAUGACCGAGACAUGUGCCCCGAGGGCUCCUCCCUGGAGGAGUCCAACAAGAAUCUGGAUGAAAUCACAGACCUGGCUCUCCAGCUGCAGAGGCAGACUGGAGUCAAAGUUCUGUGGGUCACCUGCAACCUCUUUGCCCACCCUAGGUACAUGAACGGGGCAGCCACUAACCCAGACCUCCAUGUUCUGGCCUAUGCUGGUGCUCAGGUGAAAAAGGGUCUGGACAUUGCCAAGAAGUUGGGAGCAGAAAACUUUGUCUUUUGGGGAGGUAGAGAAGGUUUUCUCUCCAUCCAUAAUACAGACGUCGCAGCCGAACUGAAACAUAUGGCCAACUUUUUCAAAAUGGCCACCAAGUACAAGGAGAAGAUCGGGUUGAAGUGUCAGUUUCUUAUUGAACCCAAGCCGAAGGAGCCCUGCAAGCACCAGUAUGAUUACGAUGCCAUGAGUGUCAUAGGGUUCUUAAAGCAUUAUGGUUUGGAGAGUCACUUUAAGUUGAACAUCGAGCCUAACCACACCAUGCUGGCAGGACAUGCCUAUGAGCACGACAUCGUCAUGGCUUCUGUUUUUGGCAUGUUGGGUUCAGUGGACUCAAACACCGGCUCUCCUGAUCUGGGGUGGGACACCGAUCAGUUCCCCAUGGACAUUAAGAACACCACCUUGGUCAUGAAGGUCAUCGUUGAACAGGGCGGCCUGCAGCCAGGAGGCCUGAACUUUGAUGCGAAGGUGCGCAGAGAGUCCACAGACCUGGAGGACCUCUUCAUCGCUCACAUUGGAGCCAUGGACGCCUUCGCAAGAGGGCUCAGGAACGCCGUUCGCAUCGUCGAGGACGGGGUGAUCGCUGGCAUGGUGAAGGAGCGAUACUCGAGCUUCAGCCAUGGCUUGGGACAGCAGGUGGAAGAUGGUAGUGCCAGCUUGGAGGACAUGGAGGCUUUCGCCAAGCAAAACGGUGAGCCGAAAGCAACAUCAGGAAAGCAAGAGAAAUACGAGGCAAUCUUUAAUCAUUACAUCUAAUCGGAGCUUGGGCCUCAGGAUUUUGUCAAAGUGAUGAUGAAGGUCUGCCAGCAAGAUGAUCCUUUGUUUUCUAAAAAGUUUUAUAUUAGUCAUAUAGUCAUUAGUCACAUGGAACAUGUAAUUAGACCACAUGAACAUUCAGUGAUGUCAUUUUUUGGUGCUGCUGUCAUCAGAAAUUAUCUGGAUAUACAUUUAGGAGCUAAUGUCUACUGUUUGAACUUGUUUUGUCAGAAUCAAGUUUCCCCUGUCAUGAUUAUUGGCAGCUUCCACAGUCCAGUUCACAGAACAUAAGUCUGCACGUAUGUUGAUCCACAGGGGAAUUAAAUAAUGAUUAGUUGCACUAAACGGUAGUCAAAAAUCUUUAAAGUAUGAUCUUCAUUGUUGAGACCCAUAUAAAGCAUUGUUUUUCUCUGUUUAGAUCGGAGUUGUUUUGUGUUUGUCUUUCUAAUCUGAUAUCCUAAUUUUUGAAGUCGGAUUUAGGACGAGAACUGUACGUGCAGACCAAAGCCUUUGACUCUGAGAGAUAGUGUAUCAUUUCAUUCAGCCUGUUUCAUAUUAUUCAGCACUGUACUUUAUGUUUGCUGAUUACACUAUAUGGCGUUCUCAAAAACUACCGGGUCAUGCUCUGUGAUACUGGGUUUUAUCUUUCAGUCCCUUAAACCCUAGAGGGUUGUGAGUGGAGCCUCCUAAUUUUCCUUAUAGGUCUGUGAAGUGUCUGUAACUUCUGCCCAGUGAUGUGAAAUCAA